AUGUUAGAUGCACCUAUAGAUGAAUCUGAGGUUAGAGCAGCUAUUUUGACAAUGAAAUCUGGACGGUCACCUGGUCUGGAUGGCUUUCCAGCGGAAUACUAUAAGGUCACCAUUGACCUGCUGGCACCUAUUCUAACGAAGGUUUACACAGAAGCACUGGAGGUGGGGCUACUGCCCCCUACUUUCAAUGAUGCAGUAAUAACUAUAUUACUGAAAAAAGAGAAGGACCCAUAUGAACCAAGUAGCUACAGGCCAAUUAGCUUAGAAAACGUGGAUUGUAAGAUAUUGUCUAAGGUGUUAGCAAUGAGACUUGAGAAAGUUUUGCCGAAAGUCAUCAAUGAGGACCAGGCGACGGCACGUCUCUGUGUUCUGCAUGAAGUCCAAGCACGGGGCUACGGUGGUGACAGUGAUGGUCCUCAAAGACAGAUGGACUUCACCCACAGACUUUUGCCUGGAGAGAACACUGAGGACCUGCUCCACACUCUCAGGGUUGUUGAGAUUUUGCAGUUAACCAUGGAUAUAAUACUUGAAAAGAAGAUCAUUCUAACCGAGAUCCUGUCUGCUGAAACAGCUUUUAUUCUCCAACAUGUUCAGCAGAACAAACUCAUCACAGAUCGUGACUACAGUGCUCUUAAAAGCCUUCCUCCAAACACUGAGAUGAUGUCUGGUGAAGUGCUGGAUAAACUGAGAGACAAGGGGGAAGACACCUGUCCUGGGGUUUCUGCUCCGGCAACACCACCACAGGACCCUGAUCAUAUUUCCAAAAUAAAUGAAUACAAGACAUCCAUCUGCUCCACAUAUAAAAAAGUGAAGGAGUAUAACUCUCUAUCUGGUGAGAGUGUGCUGCUGGCUGACCGCUACACUGAGCUGCUGAUCGUUGAGACACACAGAAAGCAGAGAGAAAGAGAGGAGGAGAUCCGUUUUAGAGGAGAACAUCACCAGCAGGUCUUAAAAACCAGGGCCAGUGAAGCGUACAACAGAAUCACUGUUGACCAGUUGUUCAAACCUGAUGACCGUGGAGAUGUUCCAAAGGCAGUCAUUCUCCAAGGUCACUCUGGACAUGGCAAAUCCUUCACUGUUCAGAAGAUCAUGUACGACUGGGCCUCAGGAAAAGUAUUCAAAGACCUGUUCCACCUUGUUCUCCACCUUAAAUGCAAAGAGUUUAAUGAAAUCUCAGAGGAAUGCAGUCUGGUGGAUCUCCUGAGCUACUGUCCAAGCUUCACCAGUGAGACAGCAGAGGUGCUGAAGGACUCAAAAAUGAAAGUGCUCUUCCUCAUUGAUGGCUUUGAUGAGCUCAAGUUCUCAUUUGAGGAAACUAGCACAGUGCCACAUAAAGACCCUUUCAGAGAAGCUACUGUUGAGGCCACUCUGGGUGCUCUGCUGAAGGGGCUUGUCCUGCCUAAGUGCUUCCUGCUGGUCACCACCAGGUCCACUGCUUCAGACAAACUAAGCAAGCUGCUCAGUGAUUCUCAGCGUUUCACUGACAUCCUGGGCUUCACUGAGGAGGGGGUGAAUGAGUACUUCCAGAGGUUUUUCAAAGAAGAACUGCUAGCAAAGAAAGCAUUUGACUGUGUGAGGACCAACGAGACUUUGUACACUGCCUGCUUCAUCCCCGUCAUCUGUUGGAUAACCUGCACAGUUUUCAGGGAGCAAGAAGAAGAAGGCAUGGACAUCACUAAGGAACUAGAAACAACCACCUCUAUAUUUGUGCACUUUGUGUCCAUUCUGCUGGAGCAUCACUGCCAGGGUUUGAGUCAGCCUGAAACACUGCUGAGGAGCCUGGGCCAGCUGGCAGAGAGAGGGUUACAGGAACAUCAGGUCCUGUUUGAUGAGAAGAGUUUGUCUGAGGCUUUCCCUGAUCCAUCACAAGAAAAGAAAUACAAUCUUUUCCUCUGCAAAUUCUUGCUAAAGAAGAAAGUCAAACAGGAAAGAAUGUACAGUUUCAUGCAUCUGAGCUUCCAGGAGUUUUUCGCUGCUCUCCAGUACCUGAUGUUGGAGAAUGAGGAGGAGGCACUUGACAAACUACAGGCGUUGUUAGGAAACUUUGAGUGUUUUCAACCUGUUGUUCAAUUCCUUUUUGGUCUUUCAAACAGAGGCAUUGACACACACCUGAUAAAGCAGUCCAGACCAUCCAUUAAAGCUCGUCUGCAGAAGUGGCUUCUAAGGGUUUUGAAAAGGUACAGAACGAAUCCAUGGAACCAUAAAGAGAUUAUGCUACAUAUACUCCAUUGUCUCUAUGAGCUCCAUGAGGAGGAGUUUGUAAGGGAGGCCAUGGGAGUCUGGGGUGAGGUGAUGUUUGACCGCAUUCCCCUGACGAGGACAGACUGCUGGGUGCUGCUGUACUGCCUGCAGUGUUGCCCGACCAUCGGAAGCCUGAAGCUCACAAAGUGCAACAUAACAGCAGAGAAGCUGAGGAUGCUGCAGCCUGCACUGAGCAGGUGUGAGGAGCUGGGGUGA